AUGGCAGCAACGGCGAGGCGCACUCUGCUUUUUUGUGUCGACGACGUCAGAGCCGCUAGCUUCUUCAAGACUCCAACUAACGGCAUUAAAUUGCUUUCCGGCAAACACCUAGCCUUCCGCCAAUUAAGAUUCAGAUCAUGGACUGUUUCAAGCCGGCAGGAUAUUCGAUACUUUACGUCCUCUCGGACAAGAUGGCGUGAAGCAGCGCCAUCGCCACUAGACGGCGGCGACAAACAGCCGGUUAUCGAUCGGACGAGGUCGAAGCUAUUCAAGGAUGCCGACGAGGCUGUUGCGGACAUCAGAUCAGGCUCCACGAUCCUCAGUGCUGGAUUUGGACUCUGUGGAACGGCCGAAACCAUCAUAGCAGCUAUGCAUAGGCGCGGUGUCGAAUCCCUCAACAAUCUCACAGCGGUGUCGAAUAAUGCUGGUGCGGCAGGCGCCGGCGGGCUGUCACCGCUGACCCACUCAGGCCAGGUUACGCGAUGUAUUCUCUCUUACUUGGGGAAUAACAAGAAGCUCGAGCAAAAGUAUCUGAAUGGCAAUAUCGCCAUUGAGUUGUGUCCGCAGGGAACGCUAGCGGAGCGCCUUCGUGCCGGUGGAAGUGGUAUUCCAGCAUUUUACACGCCAACGGGUGUCCAUACAUUCAUCCAAACUGGCGAAAUCCCGACCAGAUUAGGACCCGCUGAUGCGGAGACGAAGAAAGCGAGCGUGCUGGAAGCGGGCAAGGCACGGGAGACAAGGAUCUUCAAUGGCAGAACGUAUGUUAUGGAAACCGCGCUGACCGGUGAUGUUGCCAUCAUCCGAGCCUGGAAGGUCGAUGAAGCUGGAAAUUGUCAAUUCAGAUACACAACCAAAGGGUUCGGCCCCGCCAUGGCCAAGGCCGCCCGCCUUACAAUCGUCGAAGCCGAGAAUAUCGUGCCUAUCGGCUCCCUGGACCCCAACGAUGUCCAUCUCCCCGGCAUCUACGUGGACCGCAUCGUGCCCGCCACCGUGGAUAAGAAAGUCGAAAUUAAAAAGACUCGCUCCGCCAGCGACGAGGAAGGUUACUCAUCUGACUCUUCCAUGUCCAGCAACAAGUCAGAAGCCCUUGCCCGGAGAGAUCGUAUCGCCCGCCGUGCCGCAAAGGAACUCAAGCAUGGUAUGUAUGUUAAUUUGGGCGUGGGGAUGCCCACAUUGGCACCUUCCUUCCUGCCGAGCGAUGUCAAAGUGUGGAUUCAAUCCGAGAACGGUAUUCUGGGAAUGGGACCCUACCCGACCGAGGAUGAAGUCGAUCCGGAUAUCAUCAACGCGGGCAAAGAAACCGUCACGCUCGUCCCGGGGGCGUCGACUUUUGACAGCUCCGAGAGCUUCGGCAUGAUCCGCGGCGGCCACGUCGACGUCUCCAUCCUGGGAGCCCUUCAGGUCUCCGCGGCCGGCGACCUGGCCAACUACAUGAUCCCCGGUAAAGUGUUCAAAGGCAUGGGCGGCGCCAUGGACCUCGUCUCCAACCCCAACCAGACCAAGAUCGUCGUCACCACCGACCACGUCGACAAGUACGGCAAAUCAAAGAUUGUUGAGUCCUGCUCCCUGCCCCUGACCGGCGCCCGCGUCGUCAGCACCAUCAUCACAGACCUCUGCGUCUUCCAGGUCGACCGCGUCAAAGGCACCUUGACUCUCACCGAGCUGGCGUCUGGUGUGUCGGUGGAAGACGUCAAGGCCAAGACGGGUGCCAAGUUCGCGGUCGCGGAUGAGGUCAAGUCGAUGGAAUGA